AGAAUAUUGAGUUUUCUUAUAUAUCUACAAGAAGGCAACUUGACCGUACAAACUGCUUGUUUUCCUGAACACAAAGCAAGUGUGAGUUGACUUCAAUUUUUUCUUUCUUUCAUUUUCGAUGAGAAAUACUUGUUAUUGGCAUUUUAAAAAGUUAUCACACACUCAUUUUAAAAUAAAUACAUUUUACUUCAAACAGUGUUAGACGGCACAUUGUUAGUACCAAUAACAACUUACUUUUCUAAUUUAUUAUCUUUCUUUUUUUAUCCCUUUCAUCUGGAUAUUUGACCCAAUAAUUCGAAACAUGGUGACAACUGAAAUCUAAUUUGGUGCUUCCUAUGAGCUCGAAGCUGAUUCCAACCCAAAUGUGUUUACAGUUAAAUUUUGUAAUCUCAAAACUAAAUCUUAGUACGACAAACAGUUUUGUUCCUAACUCCGUCAUGUUACACAUUAACUAUAUUAACUGUCGAAGAAUUGUCUAGGCCGAAACUUUAUUUUUUUUUCCUUAAUUUGACUUCAAUAAGAGGUGAUGAUAAAUGUCUCACCAUCUUGACUCAUCUUUCAUCAUCCAAUUUUUAUACCCACUUUUUUUUUCUAAGGGAAAUUCAGCUGUUCCAAAAAUUUGGUACUUAAUUAGGUGAGUUGGAGAUGGCACAACCAUCCAAAAAGUCAUUCAAAGCUGGAGAAUUUUAGAAGGCAUAAAAGGAGCACCAAGAAAUAAGAGAAAACAUUGCAAAGAUCCUUUUUCUGCGCACCCUGUAAAAUAAUGUCCAUCUUUCUCAAACCCCUCCCUCUUCUCUCCCUCUUCUUCUUCGCCUACUAUCUCACAAACCCUAAUGUGUUUGGAAACUUUAGGGUUCUUGAAACCCCACUCAUAGUUAUAUACAAUGGAGGUGGUGAAGAAAAUGGGGCCAACAAGUAUGAUGAGGGAGAGUAUAGAGGUGGGUGGGAAUUGGUUUCUGAGAAUUCAGGUGUAUCGGCCAUGCACAUGACCAUCAUGCCUAAUAGUAACAAGGCCAUUAUGUUUGACGCUGCCGGUUUCGGUCCAUCGGAGAUCUCAUUGCCUCCUGGAGACUGUCGUCAGGUUUUCGAUGAGAGGGAUGAAACUGGAGAAGACUAUGAAUUGGAUUGCUGGGCUCAUGCUGUGGAAUUUGACACUGAGACUGCAGCUAUUAGGCCGCUUAAGAUCUUGACAGACACAUGGUGCUCAUCUGGUGGAUUAUCAGCUAAUGGCACUCUUGUGCAAACUGGCGGAUGGGCUGAUGGAGGGAGGUCUGUGAGAUACCUCUCUGGAUGCAAUACCUGUGACUGGGAGGAGCACCCCAUGUCACUUUCUACCUCAAGAUGGUUCUCUACCCAACAAAUAUUGCCAAAUGGCAAUUUCAUAUUGGUCGGAGGCCGGCGCAUGUUCAAUUACGAGUACAUCCCUAAGGGGGGAGAUUCUAAUGAUGUUUACUUUCCAUUACCAUUUCUCCAAGAGACCACUGACCCGUUUGAGAAUAAUCUCUACCCGUUUGUUUUCCUUUCCACGGAUGGCAACAUUCUAAUAUUUGCGAAUAAGCGUUCAAUUCUACUCAAUCUGACCACCAACAAGAUUGUCCGGGAGCUUCCUGUCCUUGACGGUGGGUCUCGAAACCACCCUGCAUCCGGCACGGCGGCAUUGCUACCCAUAAAACUCGGUGAUCCGAACGCGAAAGCAAUCCGGGCCGAAAUCAUAAUAUGUGGUGGAGCGGAUCCUAGAGCUGGAAAGUUAGUUGAGAAGGGUAUUUUCGUAACUGCAUUGCAAGAUUGUGGAAGGAUUGACAUAACGGACCCAAAAUCCACAUGGCAGAAGGAGAUGAUGCCAACACCAAGGACUAUGGGAGAUCUGCUGAUCCUUCCCACAGGUGAUAUCCUUAUAGUCAAUGGGGCCAAAAAGGGAAUAGCAGGGUGGAACUUCGCACAGGAUCCGAACCCGACCCCAUUACUUUAUAGACCCGACAACCCAACAAAACAACGGUUCACAGAGCUAAAGGCGACAACGAUACCGCGAAUGUAUGGUUCAACCUCUACGGUAUUGCCAGAUGGCAAAAUAUUAGUGGCUGGGAGCAACACAAAUUAUUACUACAAUUUCACAGGCGUAGAGUAUCCGACAGAACUUCGGGUCGAGAAAUUUUACCCACCAUACUUCGACCCUUUACUCAUCUCGGACCGACCCGCGAUAACAUCGAAUUACAAUGGUAAAAUGGUAAAUUACAGAGGAUAUAUUGCGCUGGAGUUCAAGUUGAAGAAAGCUGAGGUGGACCAAUCAGAUUUGAAGGUGACCAUGUACUCGCCACCUUUCACAACACAUGGUUUUUCCAUGGGCCAAAGGCUUUUGGUAUUGGCCACAAAGAAGUUGGAAAAUGUGGAAUCGGAAUUUUUUCGGGUGGAGGUUGCCGCGCCGCCAUCGGCGGAGAUUGCUCCUCCGGGUUUUUAUUUGAUCUUUGUUGUGCACAAUGGAGUUCCGAGUUCUGGGAUAUGGGUGCAAAUUGCAUAGAGGAUUUCGUGCAUCUUUUUGGGUUGUUGUACAUACAUUGAGACAUAUUUUCAUUGAUGGUAUUGUAAACUUGAAUAUACUUCUCAUUAGGGGUGGGUUCAAAAAACCGAAAACCAAAUCGAACUGAAGUCGGAAAAAAAAAACCAAACUGAAACUGUUAAAUUGAGCCGAACCGAAUGAAGUUUUUAUAAUUAAUUAUGAAUUAAUAUUUUUAUUA